AAGAGGAACCCCACACCACUCGUGGCGCCGCGCCGAGAUCUUCUAGAACCUUCCCCAAACCUAGAGCCCCAGUGGGAGGCCUCCGCUGCCGCCAUGGCCCCCAACCCCGCCGCCAUCGCCCUCCUGGCCGCCCUCGACGGCAACCUUCGUCUCCUCAAGAAAAUGUCCAAAAAGAUGGAUUUACGGGAAACCAAGGACCCGAAAGGGCUAAACGCACUCCAUUUCGCUGCCAAUAAGGGGUCCCUGGAGAUCUGCAAGUUCCUGGUAGAGGAAGCGGGGCUGGAUAUCAACUCCACAUCUGGCGUAGGUGCAACACCGAUGUUUUACGCUGCACUCAAGGGAAAUGUUCAGGUUGUAAGGUAUCUUCUUGAUCAUGGCAGUGAUCCUGCAAAAGCUAGCGAGAGGGGCUUAACACCGCUGCACAAUGCCGCAGAGCAUGGGCAUUGCGAGGCUGUAAGACUGUUGCUGUCCAAAGGAGUUGAGGUGGAUGCUAUCAAUUAUCGUGGGACACCAUUGCACAUGACUGCUGCGAAGGGCCAGCAUCAGGCCAUGAAAAUUCUGCUGGAGCAUGGUGCUGAUCCCAACAGAGUUGUUAAUCAUGUCUUCUCACCACUCAUGAUGGCAUGCUGCGGGAACAACUUGGAAUGCAUGAAGCUACUGAUUGAGGCUGGUGCUGAUGUGAAUGGUAGUACUGGCUCUGGACCAACUCCUUUAACGGGGGCAGUUGAUGAUGGCUCAACUGAACUUGUCAAGUUCUUGCUGGAGGCUGGUGCUGACCCUAACAUUCCUAACCAGCAUGGGGAUAUUCCAAUCAAGAGAGCAGCAGCUCGCGGUCUACGUGAGAUUGUUGAACUUCUUUUACCUAGGACAAACCCAAUUAUAUCUGUGCCUGAUUGGACAGUUGAUGGGAUAAUUACUACCAUGAAAUCUCUGCAUACCAGGAUUCAGGAUGCUGUUUCUGCAGAAGAAAGAAUAGUUGACCUGAAGUCAAAAGGAAAGGAAGCAUUUGUGAAGCAGGACUACUUUACAGCAAUGUACUACUACGGAAUGGUGAUGGAGAUAAACCCUCUUGAUGCCACCCUGUAUGCCAACCGGAGCCUCUGCUGGCUGCGGAUGCGAGAAGGGGACAGAGCUUUGCUAGACGCUCGGCAGUGCAAAACACUGCGCCCUGGUUGGGCCAAGGCAUGGUACCGAGAGGGCUCAGCUCUCAGUUUCAUGGAGGACUACCGAGGAGCAGUUGGUGCGUUCCAGGAGGCGCUGAGACUCGACCCUGCGAGCAAUGAGGUCAAGAAGGCAUUAAGUGAGGCCACGAGUAAGGCUGCUGCUCGUCUUUUUAAGAGCAGAACCUUUGAUGGAGCUGACAUAUAAGCAAGUGCCUUUGUCUCACAUAUCUGAGAUCACCCUUCUUUUCAUCGGCUACUAAUCUACUACAAGGCCUGCUCGUAUCACAGUUGCUGCACUCACAAGGGAGCUACUUCCUAUUGAACUAUGCGCCGGUGGUGAAGAAAUACAAGUUGUUAGAGAUAUGUACUAAAAGUAUGUAGUUCAUGAAUAUUUUCCUUGGAGUAGAUGUUGACCUCCACUAAUCGUCUAAGCCGCAGCGCCAUUGCUCAAGGGUUCUGAACUUUGAUAUUUGGCAAUGGAGCGCAUACCUGUGCACUCUGGCUUGAUGUACACAAGUGCUUUCUUUUCAUGUCAAGUGUGGGAGAAAAAUAACAAUCCAUGUGAACUAUAAAUUAGAAAACGUGUAUGUUUUCCAUGUGUGGGUAGUUUCUGA